GAAACCGGGAAGCCAUUUUGGAAUGCUGUGGUGUUGACUCAGAAAUGUUCAUCGGCAAGUUGUGAAAGUUUGCUUUCAAUUAGCAUUAACCAACAGUGAAUACAAGGAUUUGCACUAUGGGAAGACUCCCCUGCAUCUAGAGAUGUAAAUCAGAGCAGUGAACGUAGAACAUUUGGGUUUGCUGUCUUGCGAAUUUGCAUCAGAAGUAGAACGAAUUGACCAUGGAUUUUUCACGUCUACAUAUAUACACUCCUCCUCAAUAUGUGCCAGAGAACACUGGCUAUACCUAUGCACUCAGUUCCAGCUACUCUACAGAAGCAGUGGAUUUUGAAACUAAGCAUAAGCUGCCUCCAGUUUAUGAUUCACCAAGAAUGUCUCGACGCAGGUUGCGUCCUGUGAACGCUGAAUACUAUUCACCAGACCGUGUACACAAUGACAGUUUGUGUGGUAACCACUCUUACGCAGGAAAUGUACUGUCCAUGUCCAACAAAGAAUCUUCAUCUAGGAGUUCAAAACAGAAGCACAGAAGUGUAAGCAAACCGUCUGUUGCUGCUUCACAUCAUACUCCAAGGAAAAUCUCAAGUGACCUCUCUCUGACAGGUCAGAGUAGCAUCCUUAGUUACACCAGUGAUUCAUCAAUAUUGUCCACAGUACUCGAUGAGUCUUCAAUUCAAGAAAGAACAGAACUUGGAAACUUUUGGGGGUUAGAUGAUGAUGACGAUACUAAAGGUGGUAAUGCAUCCUCAAAUUGGGCAAAUGGAGAUGUAGUAAUGGCUGAAAAGCAGAUGGCCAUGAUUAAUGGCUACACCUGUUCUGACUGCAGUAUUCUCUCUGAAAGAAAUGAUGUCCUGACUGCAUACUCCACCUCCCAUGCUGCAUCUUCAAUGGUGUACUCCAGAAACCGAAACAAGAAGGACAAAUUAAGAGGAAUUCAGUUAUUCACGAAUCAGAAGUUUAAGUUGGCAAAGUAUGCUGUUACAACUACACUUGCAUGGUUUUUACAACUUUAUCAGACAAUUUUGAUGAAGACUGGGUUUUACUCCAAAGCCCAUUCAAGUUACUGUGGAAGAAUGAAUGUAAAAGAGUUGAUUACUGGGGAUGGACAUCUGAAUAUAAAUGGGGAAUCUUUGUGUGAUGACUGUAAGGGGAUGAAACAUGAUACCCACAGAUCCAUUGAGUUGCAGUCCACAAAGUGCACGAAGUUCACACGAAUCACAAGGACUGUCUGGCUGAUCUUUGCUUAUGCAGGUUCUCUCUUGCUGCAAGUGAUGCAGGCUGGUGGUGCGGCUGCCUGGUUUAUAUCCAGGAAGAUCUUAUCUAUUCUGUGGUUGGCAAUUGUUUCUCCAGGGAAGGCAGCAUCUGCAGCGUUCUGGUGGCUUGGAACUGGAUGGUACCAACUGAUUACUCUAAUGUCUCUCCUUGAUGUAUUUUUGCUCACCAGAUGCCUUCCCAAAUUUCUCAGGUGGUUGCUUUUGUUGAUCCCGUUUCUUCUUUUGUUCGGUUUAUGGUACUUUGGCCUGGCAGGUCUAUGGGCGUUCUUGCCUAUUUUUAAUGGGACAGCAGUGCAGACAACUCAGAGUUCAAAAGAAAUUUUACCAAAUAUCCAAACAAAUGAGGAGGCUUCUACUUCUAUUCCAUUUCCACUGAGUACUGGACACUCUUGGGACUGGCAUCGUGUGGCUGAGCUAGAAAAGCAGAUCGCUGCAUUAAAUGACCGAUGUGUUCAAAGCACCCAAACUUCAGAUGAUCGUUACAGUCAUUUUGCAAGUUUGCUGCAAAAACUAAAGGACCAGGUUAAGAUAAUGAGUGACAAAGAAACAAUCCUGGUUCUGAUAAGAAAUGCUAUCAGCCAGCAUGUGCAAUUGCUUCGGGAAGAGAUGAAAAGGGAAGGAACUGAUGUUAAGGAGAGCAAGUUUGUGGCUUUACAUCAGAAACUUGAGUCACGGAUUGCUGAACUAGAGUUUCUGCUUCAGAGUUUAUCCAGCAAAUCUGAGGAGGUUCACAAGGAAGUGGUAACUGCAAAAAACAGCCUUGUGAAUGGUCAGAGCAAAGAACAGUACCAUCACCUUGUGUCUGAACUGAAGAGACUUGACCUUGAAUUGUCCACAGUUAAAUCAGAACUGUCAAAUAUGCAUGAUUUGAAAGCAUCUUGUGCAAAAAUGGAUACAAUACAGGGGAACGUAGAUGCUCAAGUCAGAGAACUGGUCAACUUACUGGUGUUUGGGAGCCAUCAAGAAACUUCACCUGAAUCCUUCAAGGAUUGGCUGUCUUCGCAGUUUGUCAGCCAAACUGAUUUCCAGUCCCUAUUAAAAAGUCUUGAAGUGAAAAUCCUGAAAAAUCUUACGCAGUAUUGGGUGGAAACCAAAAAAAUGCCGGAUGCAGAGACUGCUACAUGUGCAGUCAACAAUGCAGGAAUCGGUGGCAUUUCAGAGCAGCAAGUGCAUAUGAUUGUGAAAAAUGCUUUGAAAUUAUACAGUGAAGAUCAGACCGGCAUGGUGGAUUUUGCUUUGGAAUCUGGAGGUGGCAGCAUCUUGAGCACUCGCUGUUCUGAAACCUACGAAACUAAAACAGCUCUGAUGAGUCUUUUUGGAAUUCCACUUUGGUAUUUCUCACAGUCCCCGAGAGUGGUGAUCCAGCCAGAUGUUUACCCUGGGAACUGCUGGGCAUUCAAAGGAUCACAGGGCUAUCUAGUUAUUCGCCUUUCUGUAAAGGUUCACCCUGUUGCCUUUACACUGGAGCACAUACCAAAGUCCCUGUCACCGACUGGCAACAUCAGCAGUUCUCCCAAGCAGUUCAGCGUCUACGGCCUUGAUGAUGAGUAUGAAGAGGAAGGCACACUGCUCGGGAAAUACAUGUAUGACAAAGAUGAAACAGCGAUCCAGACUUUCUUUGUCACGGAGGAGAUCCUGGGGAGCUUCCAAAUAAUUGAACUUCGAGUACUUUCAAACUGGGGUCACCCCGAGUACACCUGCCUCUAUCGGUUCAGAGUGCACGGAGACCCGGUGAAGGAGUAAAAGUGGACUUCACUGAGCAUGUAAAACUGUGUAAAUACUGGAAAAACUGGGAAUAAUUUAAUGAACACUGGAAUUUGUUCUUGGGGACUGAGGCACAAAUAACAUGCUGGAUCACACAUCCUGGACGUAACAUCGGAUGUAGUUGACCAAUAUAAGACCAUUGCCAGCCGAAUAGUUAAUGGCUUUACAGCCUCAGAGAGAAUGUUGUCGUUUUUAUUUGGGAAAUGUCUAGUGUGUUUUACACACAAGGGGAAUAUUGACUGUCGUUGAAAGAGUUGAAGGGAAAUGACCAUCUUUACUGGAUAAUGUUUAUUUGAAUGUAUAUUGCACAACAGUCCUCAUUUGUAAAGAAUUCUUCAAAAAAUAUAGUUAUAUCAAGUAGUAUAAUCCAUAUAUUUAACUAUAUAAAGCAAAAACCAGGGACCUGUAUAGGACAUGUCCAGGUAUAUUUGAAAACCUAUGACAAGUAAACCAAGGCUCUUGUAAAGCAAAAUUAGAGAAUUUGGGGGUGGAUCUUUGUGAAUAACUAUUUAUUUUUCAAGAGAAACGUAGGACUUUGUGCAAUGUAUUUUUGUAAAUUUUUCACUUUGUCGAACAGUGUUUUUAUUUCCUUGACUGUCAUAAAACUGACAAUGCUAUUCAGAUGUUUAAAUAAAGAUUUAAUUUUUUUGCUAGACUGCAUGUAA